AUGUGCGUUGAUUUAAUACAUGAAGAAAUCAAAGCAAAAUUUCGUUGGCUUAAUCAUAAAAUUGGUAUUAUAGAAGGUGAAAGAGAUUUAGUUGUUACUAAAAAAGAUAAAGCACUUGAUAAUAAUAAACGUCCAUCAACUACUGAUUGUAAUCCAGUGAUGAAUACAAACGAUAAAAUGAUUGAAAAUGAAAAUGAAGCAUGUAAACUUAUGCCUAAUAAUAAUAUUGCUCAUACUCAUCCAAUCAAAAUAAAUUCAAAUAAAGAAACACUUCAUCAACGAGCAGCUGCUACAAAAGGAAAGUUACUAUUUAAGAGUGCUAUUUGUCGUUAA